UGGAAAUAGACAGGCUUUUCCGGGGGUGACUGUGAAAAUUGGUGUGUUCUAUUUAGUGACUCUGUUCAGUUUGGUAUAUAUUUACCAGCGUUUCGAAGGAACUUGCUGCCUCCAUUCCUUAUCCUAAAGAUGAAAGGAACCUCAUGCCUUCAACUUUUAUCGAGGCAGUGGCCUCCACCAGACGACACGACGCAGAAUCAUCAGAAUAUAAUAUAAUUUGCAGACACUGCAGAGGAACGCACUGUACUCGUACCUUAUCCUUCAUGAUGUGCUACCUAGAAUCGUCUUGUGUGAUGUGGCAUUCUUGUUACUGGCUCGAAAUUGCUAGCAUAUGGCAUUACGGUUGAUGAGGGAAUGGAUGAAUAAUGCUUGCACUCUCAUCAGACCUGAUGGUACAAGGGUGGAUCUUAUGGGUCUUCCGUCAGAUUCUCCAGUAUAUGAAGGAAGUGAACAAAUUUCAGAUAAUGAAGCUCCUGGGUUACUCUACACUUACACAACUGACGGCAUCGUCUCUUUUGAUCCAGUUGCAGGAGAAGAGAGCAAGUAUCUCGACUCAACGUUUGAUGGCCAGACACUUAAAAUAUUUAUAAGUGAAAGGUAUAAGGACUGGGAAAAAAAUGAGGCUGAUGAUUUCUCCUACUUUCUCAGUGUAAUUUUGGAGCCAGACUGUAAACCUGGAUUGAAAGUGGAAUUCAGGGCAGCUAUCGUUACAUUUACAAAUGGGUAUGAUCCUGUAUUCCCGGAAUCACAUUACGACAUUGAAGUGCCAGUGCCACUACCAGCAGGUUUCACCAUUAUUGGAGACUGUGGUGCUGCAAAGAUUGAAGCAAUAGAUUAUGAUUAUAAUAGCCAAUACAUGAGUAGUGUAACGUUUUCUUUGAAUGAAGCGAGAGAAGAUCUUGAAGUAUUUUCGGAAAAGAGUGAUGGGAAAAUUUGGUCUGUGAGCCUUAAAACAAGACAGACCUUUAGGAUUGAAGAGCCACUUACACUUCAUUUGAAUGCUUAUGAUUCGGAUCCAAGAGUUACAGGACUUGCAGCCUCGAGCCAGGUAGAAAUAACAAUAAUACCAGAUUUGGUAACCUCGACUCCAGCAUCUCCUGUCUUCAAAGAGCCAAUUCAUAUUCUGGAUAUAAGAGAUGAAGAAAAUAUUGGGCCAAUACAGGCAACCUUAAUAGAAGGUUAUAAAACAGAAAUUGAUGUGGAACUUGUGUAUUCGAAUGGUGAACAUCUUGAAGAAGUCUUCGAUGCUAAUAUCUUCGGAGAUACAAUAACCGUGACACCAAAAGAGUCUUUUGGUAACACAGAAUUUAGUGGCAAUUUUGGAGUCCUAAUUUUGGUGGCAAAGCACCGAGGUACUACCCGAACAGGAAAGACUGUGAUCCAUGUAACACUGCCAGCCAAUUAUGUGACAGCUCCACCAACAAGUAAGUAGAGAUUUGAAGUACUGCUCAGGUGUUUAAUCAGCUUUAAUAUGUGGAAUUCUGAUGAUUAGAGAACAGAAAGUUUUGGGAAGACUUCCAAAGUUUGUGAAAAUAUAAAUCAUUAUGUAAUCUGCCAAUAUUGUUACAGUUUUUAACAUGAUAUCCAUAAAUUAAUGUCCAUGAUUGUAAGUACACUACACUGUCUGUCUGUUGUCUUUUGGCAUGUUUAGUUCUCUUAUCUGGUCAGGUUUCACAUGUCAUGUUGUUUCUGCUCCAUUUUAUUUUGCAAGAGAUUCUGGUAUAUUAAAGGCAAUUCCUGUAUUGGAUGUUUGUAUAUCUUCUUCACCUCUAAAAGACUAUGCCAAGUAAAAUAAAUUAAUUUCUGAAUUUGUUGAGUUCCACCUUACUAUUUGGAA